CUUCUGCCAGACUCAAAUGCUAUUGUUCACCUCCACCUUAUUCUCUAUAUAUAUUCUUUAUAAUGUUGGGUACGUUGCUUAUACACUUUCACCUGACACUUUCGUAGUGAUCGUGAACAACUCAACAUGAAGGCAUUCUUAUUUCAGGUAUUCUCAUUCGGAAGUUUGGCAGUUUUGGUGUACUCCGCAGCGACACAGAGGCCCGCUGUUUCCGACGAUGCGAUCGAUACGACAUUAAAUGACAAGCGAUACGUCGGCAGAUUACUGAAAUGUGCCCUAGGAGAAGUACCCUGUGAUCCUGUUGGCAGAAGGCUGAAGAGUUUAGCUCCACUUGUCCUGAGGGGGUCCUGCACUCAAUGCACGCCACAAGAGAAGAGACAAAUUCAGAAGGUUUUAGCAUAUGUACAGAAGAACUAUCCCAAAGAGUGGAAUAAGAUACUUCAACAAUAUGCAGGCUGAGGAAAUUUAAACGAUAUACAUAUAAUAGUUUAAUUAGUUCUGUAAAUAUGUAGUUAAGAAUUCCUUACUUCGAACAAUUUAUGUUAAGGUACGAAAGUGAUCAAUAAAACUUUAGGAAGAACUCAUACAGUUUUCAUCUCGCCGUUACAUUAUGAGUACAUUUGGGAAUCAAUAAAAUUAGUUGAGAUAUUCAACUUUGGUGGUUAAAUGAAUUUUUGUUAUGUUUC